AUGCCAAGUAAUAUCUUUGGGUCGGUAUUUAUUACGGAUCCAUUCAGCCGUACUCAAUCUGAUUCUAUCAUAUACGAUGUUCCUAUUCGUUGUCUCGUUCCAAACCGUGAAUCUAUUACACUAGUUUGGUUUGAUCCAAUGCUCUCGGAAGCAACUUUCGAUGUAUCAACCAUUGCUCGUCUUCAUCAAUUGAAUGACUAUAUUUUAUUCUACACACAAGCAUAUAAGUGUGUUGAAUAUUUUACAUCAAGCAUAAAGAAGAAUGAGCGCAUUAUUGUCAUACUUCAUGGUUAUGAACUUUUUGAAAACGCAUAUGAAUGUGAACAAGUAUAUUCUAUUCUUAUUGUUGACUCGAGUAGAAAUCAACUGAGCUUGGCUGAAAAUUACCAGUCAAAGAUCGUUGAGAUUUUCCAAGAUGAUAAUUCGAUGAUAAAUAAACUUCAACAAACGAUAACGCAUUUGGAACAUCAAGCUAUUCAACAAACAGAAAAUAUUUUUAGUACAUUAGAUCGGAAACAACGGUCUCUGCGUGAUCUUCGACAAGAACUCGCACCUUUUCUAUGGUGUCAAGUGAUGAUCAAAGCUAUGCCACAUUCAAAUGAUGCUCUAGAACAAAUGCUCGAUGAAUGUCGGUCAUAUUAUAAAGGUAAUCCUACUCAACUGAAAAUAAUAAAUGAAUUCAAAAAUACUUAUCUCUCAACUGAUGCUAUUUAUUGGUAUUCGCGACCUUGUUUUCUCUUUCGUAUGAUUAACAAAGCAUUGUGCAGCGAAGACAUUGUAUCAUUGUAUAAAUUUCGCUAUUUCAUUUCCGAUUUAAGUAAAAAUUUAGAAAUGUUACAAAAUUAUGACAAAAUGUCAACACACGUUUACCGUGGUACAUGUUUACACCGUGAUGAAGUCGAAAAGUAUUGUGUUGGACAUCUUGUUGCAGCUAAUGGAUUUCUUUCAUCAUCAAGUAGUCAACAUAUCGCUGAAAUAUUUUGCGGUAUUGACUGCAAUACUGGGAUGUCACCAAGUCGAGCUCGAGACGAUGAACAACAAUAUGUUCUAUUCGAAAUCAUUAUAAGUCAAGAUCAUCCAUCAAAUAUAGUUCUAGCUGAUAUCAGUACACACAGCGCUUUUUCAAAUGAAAAUGAAAUUUUAUUCGAUAUGGGUGCUACAUUCGAAAUUGUAUCAGUUGUCUAUGACAAUGAACGUUUUCUAUGGCAUAUUCAAAUGAGAACUUCAGCCGAAAUUGCUCAACUUUAUCGUGAAUAUGAAUAUUAUGUAUAUGACCGAAUAAAAGAAACAAAUGCUAGUGUACUCUUCGGUAUAUUGCUUACUGAUAUGGGAGAAUAUACAAAGGCAUACAACUAUUUUAUAAGUCUCUUGGCACAAAUGCCACGUGGUCAUGACGAUAGACACAAUGUCUUCUAUAGUCUAUCGCGAGUUUAUCGCUUCAAAGGUAAAAAUCGUCUAGCGCUCAAGUUUCUUCGCCGUGCAGAACGCCUUCAACGUGUUAAGUUACCUCAAUCAAAGUUUGACCUAGCCCGAACAUUGGCUGGCAUUGGUAGUGUGUAUUAUGAAUUACAUGACUAUAGACGUGAAUUGCUCUACUACAAACGUGCAAUGAUUAUAUAUCAAAACAUUUUACCGCAUGAUCAUAUUGAAAUAGCACGUAGCUUCAAUAGACUUGGGUUUGCUUAUUUUAAUCAACAACGUUACACGCAAGCCUUAGUCUAUUUGACAAAGUCAAUAGAUCUGUAUAAAAAAAUUGUACCGAAUGGUUAUCCUUCCAUUGGUCAAACGCUAUGCAAUAUCGGCCUCGUACAUCAUGCUUUGGGGCAUGUCAACGAGACGCUUGACUUUUAUCUACAGGCGCUAACAGAACUCGAGAAAAUGUUGCCCAAAGAUCAUGUACAUAUAGGAUUAGCUUGUUAUCAAUUAGGUGUAUACUAUGACGAACAGCAACAACCUACAGAAGCUCUACAGUAUGCUGAAAAAGCCCUGAAAAUUCGCAAGAAAAGAUUACCAUCUGGACAUAAGCUAAUUCGUGAAGCAAAAGAUUUGAUCAAGAGGAUCCAUACACCAUGA